UGAACAUCAUCACCCACACUUUCCACCCGACAGCCCUGAUAGCCCCCCGCAUCUUCAUCAGCCUGGUCAUCUCUGCCGACUUACCAAGUCCCAUCCCUCAGGGAUUCAUGACGGUCCAGAUCCCUCUCACCGCGGAACCUACAGGUGCAAUUCCCAACGAGAUACGGGAGAAGGUCGCAUCCACUGCGCCCAGAAACGCGGUUUUUGCAUCCUAUGCCAGCGUGGAACAGGUUUUGUGUGUCCGAACACCGGGACUGACCUCGGAGUCAGACGCGAGGAGCAGGACUGGUGAUGCCAAUCGGCUGGAGUGGACGAUGGCGACGACAUCGGAUGCAGGCGGCGCGAUUCCGCGGUGGAUACAGCGAAGCUGGACGAUGGGCGGAGUUUCCAAAGCAAUCGUGGCCGACGUGGGGUAUUUCAUCAGAUGGACGGGCCAUCAGAGAAACAAUAUAAUAUCAGCUUGA